AUGUCUAAAGAUAUUGGUGAAAAUAUGAGGUGGCAUAAGGAGAAACGUGUAGAUGAUGAUACGAUUAGACAUCCAGCUGAUGCUACGGAAUGGAAAGAUUUUGACCAGAAAUAUGCUUGGUUUGGCAAAGAUGCUCGUAACGUGCGACUUGGGCUUGCUAGUGAUGGAUUUAACCCUUUUGGAAAUAUGAGCACGAGUUAUAGCAUGUGGUCGGUGAUUGUGACGCCAUAUAACUUACCACCAUGGAAAUGCAUGAAGGAGAAUUUUUUGAUGUUAUCUUUGCUUAUUCCUGGUAAGGAAUCUCCCGGAAAUAAUAUCGAUGUAUAUUUAAGGCCAUUAAUUGAUGAGUUAAAAGAGUUAUGGGAGACCGGUGUGACAACAUAUGAUGCAUAUAGCGGAAAAUUGGCAUGUCCUGUGUGUAAUAAGUGCACGUGUUCGCUAACAUUAAAAAAUGGAGUGAAGCAAUGUUACAUGGGUCAUCGGAGAUAUUUACAUGCCCAACAUUCUUGGAGAAAAAGCAGAAAAUUUGAUGGCAAACCAGAGCACGGGUCAAAGCCUGAAGAGUUGUCAGGAGAUGAAGUUCUAAGGCAAUUAGAUUUGCUUCCAAAAAGCCUUAUUUUUGGGAAGACACCUAACCAAAAAAAGCGUGCACGUGGUCCUGAAGAGCUCAAUUGGACAAAGAGAAAAACAAUGGGUAUAAGAAAAGAGUUACAUUUACAGCAAAAGCGAAAUAAAUUUUUUAUGCCACUUGCUUGUUAUACAUUACCGAAGCCUGAAAGGAGGAAGUUUUGUGAAUGGUUGCAGUCAAUCCGGUUGCCAGACGGAUAUGCUUCCAAUCUUUCUCGAUGUGUAAGUGUUCAGGACUGCAAAGUUAUGGGGAUGAAAAGCCAUGAUUAUCAUAUAUUCUUGCAACGGUUACUUCCAGCAUCAAUUUGUGGGUCUUUGCGUAGUGAGGUUUACACUGCAUUAUCAGAGUUGAGCUCUUUCUUUAAGGAGCUUUGUUCGAAGACUUUAAAAAGAUCUACAGUUAAAAAGUUGCAGAGCGAUAUCAUUUUGAUAAUAUGUAAACUUGAGAUGAUAUAUCCUCCAUCUUUUUUCGUGGUAAUGAUGCAUUUGGCAAUUCAUCUGCCACGUGAAGUAGAAUUAGGAGGCCCUGUUCACUAUAGGUGGAUGUACUUUAUUGAGAGGUUCUUACGUACUUUGAAAAAUUAUGUACGUAACUUAGCUCGACCGGAGGGUUCAAUUGCUGAAGCGUAUAUCACUAAAGAAUGUUUGAACUUUUGUUCACUGUAUUUUCAUGGUGUUGAGACAAUAUAUAAUCGCGUUGAGAGAAAUAAUUUUCCUGUGCAAAUAGGAGUGGAAAAUGGAUUUUCCAUAUUUUCAAACAAUGCAAGACCUUUAGGAGCUACAGAAUAUAAAACGUUAUCCCAUUCUGAUUUUGAAAAAUUGCAGUGGUAUGUGCUUAACAAUUGUGAGGAUGUUGAUGAAUAUCUUAAGAUUCACAUUGAAGAAUUACAAAAGGAAAGUGUUAUAGAUGUGCAAAAAAGACACCAGGCAGGAUUUGCCAGUUGGUUCAAGGAGUGUGUUGGACGCUUACGUGCUACUGGUUUGGUUGCAGCAACAGAUCAUAUAUAUGCGUUGGGAUUAGGUCCUGAUAUACGAAUUGCUAGGUACAGUGGGAUAAUUGUCAAUGGAGUUAGGUUUCACACAGUUGAGCGUGAUAAUUUUCGUCGGACUCAAAAUAAUGGAGUUUCAGUUACGGGAGAGCAUAAGUCGAAAGAAAUCGAGUUUUAUGGUGUGCUAACAGAUAUCAUUGACCUCCAUCAUGAAGUCGAUCAAAAUGGUGGUGAAAAUUUGGAACUCUUGCAUCCUAUAGAUGUAUUACCGGAUGAAGUUGAUGUUGGUCAAAUGUUUCAAGGUCAAAACUCAAACCCGAUUUAUUCUAGCGAUGAGGAGGAUGAUACUACGAUCAAUUAUGAUGAUGCCGACACUGAUGUACUAGAAGACUCAAAUGACAGUGACAAUGAAGACGAAGACGAUGAUUACUUGUUUGAAAAUUGUAGAAUUUUGGUGUUUUAUGGCAGUAGUUAUGCAGCCCAACAUGAAAUUUGUGGAAAACUGGAUAGCAGAAACUCGAUGUGUUGA